AUGUCGGCCAUCGUUCGCCUCAGCUUCUACUUGCGAGGAGUGGGCGUGGCGGAGCAGCCUGAGGCGAGGAGCUGCUUGCUGGAGGUGGUGGAUGCUGGCAGAUCCACCUCCGGCCAUGAGGUGGACGUGUUUCAGCUCACAGUUCUGGCCAACGUCCUUGAGGACGAGGUGCUGGCCACAGAACUGCAGGACUUGUAUUACGCAGCCAGAGAUGAAGGCGAAGCCAUGCCAGAUUGCUUGCCGACAGUCGAGAAGUUUCUGGGAAAGGCCAUGGACGUUUGGAGCAGCUUUCCAGAGAAGGUCUCGGAGCUGGCCAAGCUGGAGUCCUCUGAGGAGAAUCUGGGGAAAGUCAUCAGCUUUGCGCGCUCUUUGCCGAAGAGCGGCCGCGUGCAGCUGCUGGCGCUGGCCAAGUGCCAUGCGGCGGGGGCGGCGGACGCGCUGGCGGCCGGGGCGGCGGAAAUGGUCACGGGCCAGCUGCUGGAUGUCGCAGGGAAGCAGCUGAAGGAAGACGCCUCGGAGAACUUGGUGCAACAAGUGGUGGAGCUCGGAGUCUUCUUGCUGGGCAACAUGGUAAAGGCAAACAAGGCGGCGGCCCUGUCCAAGCUGUCCGAUGCGCACUUCCAGGAAGCUGCGCGCUAUGUCUGGGACAACAAGCAGGAUGACCCCAAGAUCUUGGCUGCUCUUUGUUAUGUGCUGCAGUCGCUUUCGCUGAAGCUCACCAAGUGGCAGGUGCAGCUCACCGACGGAGGUGACUGGGUGGACCUAGAGGCGGAGCAGCAGUUGGGCUUGCGGCGAAAAGUGGAGCAAGGUGAGACGAUGCACCACUUCCGCGCCCGGGGCUUUCCCUACGAGAUCGAUCUCAAGGAGAUGACGCAGAAGAACACCAAGAGCGGGACCACCCGAAAGAUCCGUGAGGUGGAGGUUUCUGCCACCUCCCUGGGUGGAGAUGGAGAUGGAGGUGGAGACGGCGACGGCGACGGUGGAGAAGAGAAGCCCUACAAGUGGCAGGUCUCCAAUGGUCGAGGCCGUUGGUGGGACUUCCCCGAGGACGUGGACGCCAAGCUGAAGGACGCCGCGCUGGCCGGGCUGUCCACGGUGAGCUGCACCAUCAGGGGGCAGCAUUAUGAAGUGGACUUGGCAAAGAUGCAUCAAAUGAACGUGAAGUCGGGCACGAAACGCGAGAUCCGCCGGUGCGAGCUCUGA